AUGUCUCGCCAGUCGAGUGUGUCCUUCCGGAGUGGGGGCGGCCGUAGCUUCAGCACCGCCUCUGCCAUCACCCCGUCUGUCUCCCGCACCAGCUUCACCUCCGUGUCCCGGUCCUGGGGUGGAGGUGGCGGCUUUGGCAAGGUCAGCCUUGGGGGUGCUUGUGGCAUGGGUGGCUACGGCAGCCGGAGCCUCUACAACCUGGGCGGCUCCAAGAGGAUCUCCAUCAGCAGUAGCGGCGGUGGCUUCAGGAACCGAGGUUGUGCCAUCGGUGCUGGAGGCGGCUAUGGCUUUGGAGGCGGAGCCGGGAGUGGAUUUGGUUUCGGCGGUGGAGCUGGUGGUGGCUUUGGGCUCGGUGGUGGAGCUGGCUUUGGUGGUGGCUAUGGGGGCUCUGGCUUCCCCGUCUGCCCCCCUGGAGGCAUCCAAGAGGUCACCAUCAACCAGAGUCUCCUGACUCCCCUCAACCUGCAAAUCGACCCCAACAUCCAGCGGGUCAGGACCGAGGAGCGGGAGCAGAUCAAGACCCUCAACAACAGGUUCGCCUCCUUCAUCGACAAGGUGCGGUUCCUGGAGCAGCAGAACAAGGUCCUGGAAACCAAGUGGGCCCUGCUGCAGGAGCAGGGCACCAAGACCGUGAGGCAGAACCUGGAGCCUUUGUUUGAUCAGUACACCAACAAUCUCAGGAGACAGCUUGAUGGUAUCCUGGGGGAGAGAGGCCGUCUGGACUCAGAGCUGAGGAAUAUGCAGGACUUGGUGGAGGACUUCAAGAACAAGUAUGAAGAUGAAAUCAACAAGCGUACCACCGCCGAGAAUGAGUUUGUGAUGCUGAAGAAGGAUGUGGACGCCGCCUACAUGAACAAGGUGGAGCUAGAGGCCAAGGUCGAUGCACUGAUGGACGAGAUCAACUUCUUGAAGAUGUUCUUUGAGGCGGAGCUGUCCCAGAUACAGACGCACGUCUCAGACACGUCUGUGGUCCUGACCAUGGACAACAACCGCUGCCUGGACCUGGACAGCAUCAUCGCUGAGGUCAAGGCCCAGUACGAGGAGAUCGCCAACCGCAGCCGCACAGAAGCCGAGUCCUGGUACCAGACCAAGUACGAGGAGCUGCAGCAGACUGCAGGCCAGCACGGCGACGAUCUCCGCAACACCAAGCAUGAGAUCUCCGAGAUGAACAGGAUGAUCCAGAGGAUGAGAUCCGAUAUCGACAACGUCAAGAAGCAGUGCACCAACCUGCAAUCCGCCAUCGCCGAUGCAGAGCAGCGUGGGGAGCUGGCUCUCAAGGACGCCAGGAACAAGCUGGCCGAGCUGGAGGACGCCCUGCAGAAGGCCAAGCAGGACAUGGCACGGCUACUGAAGGACUACCAGGAGCUCAUGAACACCAAGCUGUCUCUGGACGUGGAGAUCGCCACCUACAGGAAGCUGCUGGAGGGCGAAGAGUGCAGACUGAGUGGAGAAGGAGUUGGACCAGUCAACAUCUCUUUUGUCACGAACACCGUCUCCUCUGCCUACGGCGGUGGUGGCAGCUUUGGCAGCGGCCUUGGAGGUGGUCUGGGCGGCUUCGGCGGAGGUCUGGGCGGCGGCCUUGGUGGAGGCGGCAGCGGCUUCUACUCCAGCAGCAGCGGGGGCGCCGGCCUAGGCGGUGGGCUCAGUAUGGGCGGCUCCGGCUUCAGUGCGAGCAGUGGCCGAAGCCUGGGCUUUGGCAGUGGCGGGGGCAGCAGCUCCAACGUCAAGUUUGUCUCCACCACCUCCUCCUCCCGGAAGAGCUUCAAGAGCUAA